GCAAAGUAGGUAAAGAUGGGUGCCACUUCUCUUUUACUAGCCUUAGGGUUAGCUGCAGUAGCAGCGUCUCCCACACCCGAAAGGAUUGUCGGAGGUUCGAUCACAACCAUCGGUAACUAUCCUAUGGCUGUUGCCCUGCUCUACUCCUGGAGUGGAUCGGGAAAUUUCGGCCAGGCCUGCGGUGGCGCCAUCAUAAACAACAGAUGUAUCCUUACUGCUGCUCAUUGCACCAUCGGUGACGCAGCAAACCGCUGGAGAGGCCGUGUAGGCUCCAGCAGAGCUAACAGUGGUGGUGUGGUGCACGUCCUUAGCAGGAUCAUCAACCAUCCCCAGUACAAUUCGCGCACCACCGAUAACGACAUUGCACUCCUUCAUGUGCAGCAUGCUUUCUCCUUCAACAACAAUGUUCGCGCAGGCAGCAUUGCUGGUGCCAACUACUUCCUAGCCGAUAACACACCUGUCUGGGCUAUUGGAUGGGGACGUACUAGCUUCGGUGGCGCAGCAUCUGAAGAUCUUCGCCAUGUCCAAAUCUGGGUCGUCAAUCAGGCAGUAUGCAGGCAAAGAUAUAACGAGUUACGUCUCACUAUCACUGACAACAUGUUGUGCUCUGGCUGGCUUGAUGUCGGAGGUCGCGACCAGUGCCAAGGGGACUCCGGCGGCCCUCUGUUCCACAACAGAGUCAUCGUCGGUGUUUGCUCCUGGGGCCACGAAUGCGCUCGUCCUCGCUUCCCUGGCGUCAACGCUCGCGUUUCCCGCUUCGCUAGCUGGAUCCUUAAUAACCAAUAAAUUACCUUUAAUGGAUGUUGAAAAGAGGCUACAGGCGAAAAUU